UUCAGCUCCAAAAUGUCCAGCGAGAGAGUGAGGUUAGGGCGGUGAUCAGAUCUCGCGAGAAUCAUGAAUUGGACGGUCGGUUUUUCAUAAUUUCUGUUGUAAUUACGAAUUACUGAGAGUUUUCACGUGUUGUGGGGUGUUUUGUGGGGGUAAUAGAGGGUAAAUGUGUCUGUAAAAUCUGCAAACAUGUCUGGAUUCGCUGUCAAUGCUGUCUGCGGACUGGCGAGAGCUGCACAGACCAACACGUCCCUGUUGUCAUCCAUCUCCCGCCAGUCAAUCAUCCUGACGCAGAUCAGGAAUCACAACAAGCACUGGAAUCCGAAAUACAAGAAACUCCGAGCGGAGAAAGUCAUAAAAAUCAAGCUCCCGGAUUACCAGAAGGAGGAAGAUGAGGAGUUAGCAGCUGAGAAAGUCCGGACUAAAAUGAAGGAACAGGGUCUCCAGCCCAGCAGACCCUGGGUAGAGAGGCCCAUCUUCAUCAGUUGCACUGGAGCUAUUUUCGAGGAAUAUGUACCCCCUGAGGGCGAUGGAAAGUUCUCUGCAGUCUCCGGAGCAGGUGCAAAGCAAAAGGUAGAAUUCAUGACGAAAAAGGGUAAAUCUUAUUUUGCUGUGAAAAAAAUCAGAACUUUCCUGGAGGACUUCUCCCCUGGUGCAUUUGAAGAGGAUGUUCAAGAAACAUAUAUUAAAGCCCAUGAAGCUAUCGCCAACAAAGAUAAGGAGGCUCUACGAUUGCUUGUGACCGAGAAGGCAUUACCUGAAGUAAUGCACAAUACCCAAGAUAAAACGAUUCACUGGAAGUUUAUACAGUCUCUCACACUUCCUCGUGUUGUGCACGCCCGUUGCACAGACAUCAUCACCAAGGACAAUGUGUUUGGACAGAUAACUGUGCGUUUUCAUACUCAACAGACCCUCGCAGUUUACGACAGAUUUGGUCGUCUAAUACAUGGAAGUGAGUUCGUGAAGAAAGACGUACUGGAGUACGUGGUAUACGAGAAUCACUUGGCGAAUAAAUACGGUGCAUGGAGGAUUCAUGGAAAAAUCAUUCCACCCUGGAUGCCAGAACGAGAACACACCCGGAGGACUUAUCUGAUGAAGCCACCACCAGAGCCUGAACAGUUGGAGGAGCCACCGAAGCAGCCAGAAGUGUCUGUUGCACACGUCGAUAACGAUAUCUCGAGCCAACGACCAGCUGUUGCGUAGGAUUAUGUAAAAUAACGAAAUAAUAAAAAAAAACGUUGAUUAAUACAA